AUGACGUCGCUAAAGCUUAACGAGAAGUUCUGGUGCACAUACUUCCCAACGACACUCGAGGGCAACGCCGGCACGUGGUUCAAAAUGUUACAGCCGGGCAGAAUUUCAAACUUUGCCCAACUUAAGUACCUUUUCCUCACUAACUUCAUGCAGUUACGCAAAUACAGGGGGGACUCUCAUUCCAUUAUAGGCUGUAAACAAAGAGAGGGGGAAACUGUGCGAGAAUACUUUACAAGAUUCACGAACGCCACGCUGGAUGUACCAGGGCAUGACGAAGGCCUUAUAGUCGAAGCCUUCACAUGGGGACUCCUGCCAGGCCCUUUGUCACAAAAACUCAUGGGAAAGAAGCCCUUGACACGAGCUGAGUUGAAAGAAAGGGUAGAGCGAUAUCUACGACAGGAGGAUGGUGAAGCAGCUAAGCAAGCCUACUUGAAUGCCAUGACGACCAAGCAUCACCACCCGAGUCACACGGACUUCCGAGGGGGAGGAAGACACUAUGGCCAGGCAAAAAGACCACCGAUGCGUUUUCGACCAUUUGUUAAAGACAACAGACAGGGUCGUCGCCCAGAAGUGUAUGCGGUGUCUGAGAAACAACAACCGGCCAAGUCACCCAAGAGUCGGUACUGUGAAUACCACAAAAGUAAGACGCAUGAUACGGUUAACUGUUCGGUACUAAAGAAGGAUAUGGAGGAGAAACAACUCAAAGGAGAUCUGGUGGAGGUGGCGCGAGGCCUGCGCGCCAAGUUUGAUGUUGAGAAUGCCAAGGGCCCACCCCGUGAAGGGGUUCAGUCUAGGGAGAUGUUCAUGAUACGCAACAAAAGAAGUAGGGAGGAACAACGGGGAGAGCAAACGACCAUUAAACCUUCAGCACGCGCACUCACGUUCUCCAUUCAGGAUCCCCGGCCGGAUGGUUGGAAAGGUGACAACCCGUUGAUAAUACAAACAUCUAUCAGAGACGUGACUAUCCAUAGGGUCUAUGUCGACACCGAAAGUUCAACAGACAUCAUCUAUGAGCAUUGUUUCCGGCUCCUCCCAGAUCGCUGGAAAGACAACUUGCGACCUACGACUGGUAGGCUGGUGGGAUUCACCGGCCAUAGCCUGUGGCCACUAGGCACAAUCCAUCUCCCCCUGACAAUCACUAGCCAUGACAAUCAGCGAAAGAAAACUGCCCUGAUAGACUUUGUGGUCAUCCGACAUUCAACAAAACACGAUAUCAUUCUAGGAAGGACAACACUCUUGAAGCUAGGGGCGGUAUCAUCAACCAUGCAUGGGAUCAUGAAAUUCGACACACCGAAAGGCGAGGCCAUGAUACUGGCCACUCCACCCAAAGAAUUGCAAUGCUAUACAGUCAUGAAGCCAACAGAAAUAACCAAAGGGUCCAAAAGACCCAGGGGCAGUCCCAUAAAGGGGAAGGAGGUAAUCAAUGAAAGAUAUCCUGAUCAGCCGGUUACCGUUGGAUGUGACCUCCCAGAUCACAUGAGAAGAGCGCUAGUCGACUUGCUCAAACACUACAAACAUGUGUUUGCAUGGACUCCUACUGACAUGGUGGGAGUAGAAAGGAAGGUCAUUAAACAUAAACUGAUGAUCAAGCCAGGAGUAAAAGAAGUUAAGCAGAAGAAAAGGGUCCAGGGGGAGACCGUAAUAGGGCGAUUAAUGCAGAAGUGA